CUUCCCGGCUUUUCCUGGCUCCAACCAAAUCUGGUUCAUUUGACCAAUGGCAAAUGAGCAGUGGGCGGGACUUCACGUGUCCGGACCAAAGAAACGCGGACUUGGAUGGAGGAGCGCGGCCAAUGACCGUGGGGCAGCCCCUGUAAAGCGGGACAGGCGCCCCCACGUCUGCCUUUCCUCCUCCUCCCAGCCCUGCCUCUUCCUACCUCCGUUUCAGCACAGCGCUGGCCGCAGUCUGACGGAAACGGGACGGAGGCAAGAUGGCGGCGGCCGACGGCGACGACUCUCUUUACCCUAUCGCGGUGCUCAUAGACGAACUCCGCAACGAGGAUGUUCAGCUUCGCCUCAACAGCAUCAAGAAGUUGUCCACCAUUGCUUUGGCCCUUGGUGUUGAAAGAACCCGAAGUGAGCUUCUGCCCUUCCUUACAGACACCAUCUAUGAUGAAGAUGAGGUCCUCUUGGCCCUGGCAGAACAGCUGGGAACCUUCACUACUCUGGUUGGAGGCCCAGAGUAUGUGCACUGCCUGCUGCCGCCUCUGGAGUCCCUGGCCACUGUGGAGGAGACGGUGGUGCGGGACAAAGCAGUAGAAUCCUUGCGGGCCAUCUCUCACGAGCACUCGCCCUCUGACCUGGAGGCCCACUUUGUGCCACUGGUGAAGCGGCUGGCGGGCGGCGACUGGUUCACUUCCCGCACUUCAGCCUGUGGCCUUUUCUCUGUCUGCUACCCAAGAGUAUCCAGUACUGUCAAGGCGGAACUUCGACAGUAUUUCCGGAACCUGUGCUCAGAUGACACCCCCAUGGUGCGGCGGGCCGCAGCCUCCAAGCUGGGGGAAUUUGCCAAGGUGCUGGAGCUGGACAAUGUGAAGAGUGAGAUCAUUCCCAUGUUCUCCAACCUGGCCUCUGACGAGCAGGACUCGGUGCGGCUACUGGCAGUGGAGGCAUGUGUGAACAUCGCCCAGCUCCUGCCCCAGGAGGAUCUGGAGGCCUUGGUGAUGCCGACUCUGCGCCAGGCUGCUGAAGACAAGUCCUGGCGUGUCCGCUACAUGGUGGCUGACAAAUUUACAGAGCUCCAGAAAGCAGUGGGACCUGAGAUCACCAAAACAGACCUGGUCCCUGCCUUCCAGAACCUGAUGAAAGACUGUGAGGCCGAGGUGAGGGCCGCAGCCUCCCACAAGGUCAAAGAAUUCUGUGAAAAUCUCUCAGCUGACUGUCGGGAGAAUGUGAUCAUGACCCAGAUCUUGCCCUGCAUCAAGGAGCUGGUGUCAGAUGCUAACCAGCAUGUCAAGUCAGCCUUGGCCUCUGUCAUCAUGGGCUUGUCCCCCAUCUUGGGCAAAGACAACACCAUUGAGCACCUAUUGCCCCUCUUCCUGGCUCAGCUGAAGGAUGAGUGCCCUGAGGUGCGACUAAACAUCAUCUCUAACCUGGACUGUGUGAAUGAGGUGAUUGGCAUCAGGCAGCUGUCCCAGUCCCUUCUCCCUGCCAUCGUGGAGCUGGCUGAGGACGCUAAGUGGCGGGUGCGGCUGGCCAUCAUAGAGUACAUGCCUCUGCUGGCUGGACAGCUGGGCGUGGAGUUCUUUGAUGAGAAACUCAACUCCUUGUGCAUGGCCUGGCUGGUGGAUCAUGUCUAUGCCAUUCGCGAGGCGGCCACAAGCAACCUGAAGAAACUGGUAGAGAAGUUUGGGAAGGAGUGGGCCCAUGCCACUAUCAUCCCCAAGGUCUUGGCCAUGUCUGGAGACCCCAACUACCUGCACCGCAUGACCACGCUCUUCUGUAUCAAUGUGCUGUCGGAAGUCUGUGGGCAGGACAUCACUACCAAGCAUAUGCUGCCCACUGUCCUGCGUAUGGCUGGAGACCCGGUUGCCAACGUCCGCUUCAAUGUGGCCAAGUCCCUGCAGAAGAUAGGGCCCAUCCUGGACAACAGCACCCUGCAGAGUGAAGUCAAGCCCAUCUUAGAGAAGCUGACCCAGGACCAGGAUGUGGAUGUCAAGUACUUUGCCCAGGAGGCUCUGACUGUUCUGUCUCUUGCCUGAUGCUGGAAGAGGAGCCAACUCUGGUACCCAACCUACAACCUCCCCAAGUCCUUCCUCAGGGAGGCACUGGGGGCACUUGGCUGUUCCUCCCUGUGCAUGGUCUGACCCCAGGCCCCUUCCCCAGCACGGUUCCUCCUCUUUCCAGCCUGGGAAGACUGCUUACUCUCCACCUCCCAAGGGGUUAGGGGAGCAUGAGGUUGGACAGGAUGGCAACCCAGGGAGGAAGGGUCCACUCUGCCUACUUUGGGGGGAGAUAUGAGCAUCCCAGGUCACUGGCUCCUGCUGCUGUAAUGGGGAAACCCUCCUCCAUGUACUUCACCUUCCUUUCUCCCCUCUCUGAAUUUUUGUGUCAACUGUGCCGUUUUUAUUUUAUUCCUCCACCCUCCCUUUUUUUGGCCCUUUUCACAGAGAAAUAAAGGUCUAGAAAUAGUC